GAAGGCCGGGCGCAGCGGCCGCUGCCGGGGCGGGCUCGGGGCCGAGCGGACGGGGGGGCGCGGGCCCCCCGGGAGGCCGCGGCCACUCCCCCCCGGGCCGGCGCGGCGGGGGAGGCGGAGGAUGGAAACACCCUUCUACGGCGAUGAGGCGCUGAGCGGCCUGGGCGGUGGCGCCAGUGGCAGCGGCGGCAGCUUCACGUCCCCGGGCCGCCUGUUUUCCGGGGCGGCCCCGACGGCGGCAGCCGGCAGCAUGAUGAAGAAGGACGCGCUGACGCUGAGCCUGAGCGAGCAGGUGGCGGCGGCGCUCAAGCCCGCGGCCGCGCCGCCCCCGGGCCCCCUGCGCGCCGACGGCGCUCCCGGCGCGGCGCCCCCCGACGGCCUACUGGCGUCGCCGGACCUGGGGCUGCUCAAGCUUGCCUCCCCUGAGCUGGAGCGCCUCAUCAUCCAGUCCAACGGGCUGGUCACCACCACGCCGACCAGCACGCAGUUCCUCUACCCCAAGGUGGCGGCCAGCGAGGAGCAGGAGUUCGCCGAGGGCUUCGUCAAGGCCCUGGAGGAUCUGCACAAGCAGAAUCAACUGGGCGCGGGCGCGGCCGCCGCCGGGGGGCCCUCGGGCGCGGCCGCGGCCGCUGCGCCCCCCGGCGAGUUGGCCCCGGCGGCAGCCGCGCCCGAGGCGCCCGUCUACGCGAACCUGAGCAGCUACGCGGGCGGGGCCGGGGGCGCGGGGAGCGCGGCGACUGUCGCCUUCGCCGCCGAGCCCGUGCCCUUCCCGCCGCCGCCACCCCCGGGCGCGCUGGGGCCGCCGCGCCUGGCUGCGCUCAAGGACGAGCCACAAACGGUGCCCGACGUGCCCAGCUUUGGCGAGAGCCCACCGCUGUCGCCCAUCGAUAUGGACACGCAGGAACGCAUCAAGGCGGAGCGCAAGCGGCUGCGCAACCGCAUCGCCGCCUCCAAGUGCCGCAAGCGCAAGCUGGAGCGCAUCUCGCGCCUCGAGGAGAAGGUGAAGACGCUCAAGAGCCAGAACACGGAGCUGGCGUCCACCGCGAGCCUGCUGCGCGAGCAGGUGGCGCAGCUCAAGCAGAAAGUCCUCAGCCACGUCAACAGCGGCUGCCAGCUGCUGCCCCAGCACCAGGUGCCCGCGUACUGAGCCCGCACGCGGGGCGCAUGCGCGGCCCCCCUUCCCGAGAGGUGGACUCGCGGGGGGGAGCGUGGGCGCCCGGGACUAGGAGAGGGCGCAGCCUUGGGGCCCCCCCCACGGUGCCCAGGACUCGGAGAGGGCGCGGUCCAGGGGAUCCCCCCGAGAGUGCCCAGGACUCGGAGAGGGCGCCGUCCCCGGUGUCUUACCCCCCCAGGGUGCCCAGGACGCGGAGAGGGAGCCCCGGAAUCGACAAGCUGGACCCCCUGCUCCUGGGGGGUGAGCGCAUGACCCCCCCCCCUCCGCGCUGCCUCUGUCUCCCGCGGGCGGCCGCCCCGUGUUGCACAAACGCGCGCGUCCUGGCCGCCCCUUGUACACACCGCUCCGGAAGGGGCUCCGAUGGAGCGCGCCUCGAGCCCUGCCUUCCUUUCGUUUUACUUUUUUUUUUGCCUUUGGAAGAGAGAAGAACAGAGUGUUCGAUUCUGCCCUAUUUAUGUUUCUACUCGGGAACAAACGUUGGUUGUGCGUGUGUGUGUUUUCUUGUGUUGGUUUUUUAAAGAAAUGGGAAGAAAAAGAGACUCCUCUUUCCUCGCUGUCGCUCCCCCCCCCCCCGCCCUUUUUGUUCUGUUUUUCGUUUUGCUACGAGUCCACAUUCCUGUUUGUAAUCCUUGGUUCGCCCGGUUUUCUGUUUUCAGUAAAGUCUCUUACGCCA